AUGUAUAAUUUAAGGAACAUGGAUAAGGAUUGGUUUGAGGUUAUAGGACGUCCACAAUAUGUGGUAGCCCCUAUGGUAGACGCCAGUGAAUUGGCAUGGAGAUUACUAAGUCGAAGACAUGGUGCUACGCUUUGUUAUACCCCCAUGUUACACAGCACCGUAUUUAUUAAAGACCCUAAAUACAGAAAAGAGAAUUUUACAACAUGUCCUGAAGAUAGACCUUUAUUUGUUCAGUUCUGUGGUAAUAAUCCAGAAACAAUGGCUGCCGCUGCUAAAUUUGUUGAGAGUGAUUGUGAUGCAAUAGACAUUAAUUUGGGUUGCCCACAAUCUAUUGCUAAAAGGGGAAGGUAUGGAUCCUUUCUUCAAGAGGAGUGGCAGUUAUUAAAAGACAUAGUUUCAAAAAUGUCAAAAACAGUGUCUGUUCCAAUUACAUGUAAAGUGAGAGUCUUUGAAAGCAUUGAAAAAUCUGUGCAAUAUGCACUGAUGCUACAAGAAGCAGGAUGCAAGCUAUUGACUGUUCAUGGCAGAACUAGAGAGCAAAAGGGACCUUUGACAGGUAUUGCUAGCUGGGAGCAUAUAAAAGCCAUUCGAGAAGCAAUUUCUAUACCAAUGUUUGCAAAUGGAAAUAUACAAUGUUUACAAGAUGUUGAACGGUGUUUGCAAUAUACAAAAGUUGAUGGUGUAAUGAGUGCAGAAGGUAAUCUUACAAAUCCAGCAAUAUUUGAAGGAAUAAACUGUGUUUCAUGGGAGAUUGCUUUGGAAUAUCUUGAACUUGUUGAGAGAUACCCCUGCCCAACAUCAUACAUAAGAGGUCACCUUUUUAAAAUCUUUCAUAAAGUGUUCACUUAUGACAGCAAUAAUGAAGAAAGACAAUUGCUGGCUACAGCUCAAUGCCUAGAUGAUUUUAAACAAGUGUGCAUUAAAAUAAGAAAUAAAUAUUUGCCCUAUCAUGAGGGGAGAUUGCAAUUUGAUGAUAAUGAAGGUAUUACAAGAAAUCACAAAUGUUUAAUCCUUCCACCGUGGAUUUGUCAACCAUAUGUGAGAAUGUCUCCUGAUGAACAUACAAAAAAAAUGGAGAGAAUUGUAAAUAGUCAGGAUAACAACAACGAUUCUAAAAGAACAUUUGAGGACAACGAUGGCAACAAAAUAUCAAGAAAAAAAAUGAAAAAGAUGCGAAGAGUUAUGAGACGACCAAUCAAACCUGAGGAAGCAUUGAAAAAUGGUAGAACUGGUGACAUAUGUGUUAAUGACACUUGCCCCAAUCCCCUUGGAGGGAAAUGCGAAUAUCAGCUUUGCAAAAAAUGUUGCAGAAAUAAAUGUUAUGAGGAAAAUAGGGAUUGCAAAGGUCACAGAAUAUUGGUGAAAACAAGGAGAGAAAUGGCAAUUAGUUUUGCACAAAAAGCUGACAAAAUUGGUUGA